GGUCCCGUGUCUCGGAUACAAACGCUCGGCCCUCACUGAAGCUGUAUACUUUUCAUUAGUGGCGCAACAUUGCAGUUUACGCACAGCUAUGGGAGCUGGAGCGGGGAGUAGUGAUAGUCGGCCUUGCCCUGAGGGUGCCAUGGCAAAUAAACAACUUCUACUUUAAUAUUCGGUAGCAAUUCAAGUCGCGACUCUUUUCUUUUCUCAUAAAAUCUGGGAAUAUUCGAGCGUCAAAAGAUCUCCAAGGGAAGAGCGUGCCGCCGCCCGUGGUCUAGUGUUUUUGUUUUUGUUGUUGUUUUUUUUUUUAAAAAAGCAGUGAUGGCCACUGUCAGACUUGAAUACGUUGCUCCGUGGUGGACAUACUGGCUGCACAAUUUCCCACACUUCAGUUUCAUCUUCCAGUCGGUCGACAACACUUUCAAACCGGAGGAGGCGAGCUAUCAGGAGUCUCUGAUAAUUCUGGCAUGUAUCGGUGCCGUGGGUCUGGGUCUGAGCCUCCUGGUCCUGGCCGCAUACCUGGUCUGUGUCUGCUGCUGCCGCAAGGACAUGGACGAGGACACAAAGAGACCCAGCAGCCGCUGUGUCACAUGGGCGGCUGUUGUCACAGGCCUCAUCAUAUGUUCUGCUGUAGGAGUGGGUUUCUAUGGUAACAGUGAGACCAACGAUGGGGUGUACCAGCUGACCUACUCACUCUCCAGUGCCAAUCACACGUUGGGGGGCAUCAAUAAUCUGGUGUCAGGAUCUGUGGGUAAUGUGGAGACUGGACUCAAACUGCACCUGGAACGUCUGGAUGAAAUCUUUUCUACAAAGCCCGAGUACCUCAAAGCUCUGACCUUCAUGCAGCUGAUGGUAAACAACGUCAUCCGUGAGCUGACGGCUCUGCCGGACAUGAGCAAAGCCGACGUCGACUUGUCGGCUAUUGCUGACCACACAGCCUUCGUUGAGUAUUACAGAUGGCUGACGUAUCUGCUGCUGCUGAUCCUGGACCUGGUUAUCUGCUUGGCCUUGUGCUUGGGGAUGGCCAAGCAAUCCCGAUGGCUGCUUAUCACGGUCAUGGCUUUUGUAACGCUGUCUCUGAUCCUGAGCUGGGCCUCACUGGGAGCGGGCACUGCUACAGCUGUGGGCACCAGUGACUUCUGCGUGUCUCCAGACAAGUUUAUCGUCAACCAAACCACAGAUAUCCUCAGUGCAGAUGUUGCACACUAUUAUUUGUUUUGCAGUCCGAAUCUACCAAACCCUUUCCAACAGUCUUUGACAAUCUGUCAACGUUCUCUGACCACCAUGCAAAUCCAGAUCCAGGGCUUGCUGCAGUUCUCUGUGCCCAUCUUCCCCACUGCUGAGAGAGACCUUUUGGGGAUCCAGCGACUGUUGAACUCCACAGAGUUCAGUGUUCAUCAGCUGACAGCCUUGCUCGACUGCCGCGGGCUGCACAAGGACUAUGUGGAUGCCCUAAUGGGUGUGUGCUAUGAUGGGGUGGAAGGGCUCCUCUACCUCUCUUUGUUUUCUCUGCUGGCCGCCUGCGCGCUCUCCGUCAUGCUGUGUGCAACUUUCCGAGUGUGGACACGAAUGGGCAGCAGGGACAAAGAGUACGAUGACAUAGAUGAGGAGGACCCGUUCAACCCUCAAGCGCGGAGGAUAUCUUACAACCCGAGGAGGUCCAACGUCCACAGCUUCUGCAGCUACACCAGCAGCCUGGGCAGCCAGUCCAACCUUAAUCCACCGCCACAGUCUGCUUCCAAUGCAGUGCCGGCCCCUGAAUACAUGAAUCAAUCCAUGCUGUUUGGAGGGAGUCCUCGAUAUGACAGUGUGCCACUUAUAGGGAGAGGAUCCCCACCUCCGUCGUAUUCGCCCAGUAUGAGGACCACCUAUCUAUCUAUGACUGAUGCUCAGAUCAGACACUUUGGGACUGACUUCCAGGUGUAGCCUGCCGCCCACUGAAUCCUUCUCCAGAAGAAGCGCUGUACGAGACCGUGUUCUGACCCUGGAGGCUGUCUCCGUGGCAUAUCUUUACAGGAGCAACAAACUGCUGUCUCACUCUGAGGCAUGAAAGCAGGACAUAUAAGGCGAUUUACCAGUGCACACCAGUGCUCAGUGCUCUGAAAGCCUUGCAUGGAGUUUUGGACAGAGGCUCUGUAGAGGUUCAUCUCAAGACUGUUACUGUUGUUAUGACGUGUGGAAAUACUGUUGCUCAAAUUUAAGCAUUUCUUUCAGCCAAAGUAAGAGCCUUUUAAACUGAAUAAAUAAUAAUAAUAAAAAAGAACGUUUGGCUUUCCCUCUUAUAUCUUUUGGCCUGCAUGGAUAUGAUCACAGUGGUCAGUAUUUUAAUAUGAGGAGAGAUUGCUGUGAAAUGCUCAGAUCUGAAAGUUCCCUUUUGUUUGGCAGCAAUAGAUCUUUUUCUCAGGCCUUUGUGUAAGAUAUCAGGAAAAGUCUACAGCGAAUCUUGUCACUGCGCUGUGGACAAAAGAAGCUUCUCUGUUGAUAUUCUUGAUUUUGGUUUGCCACAUUUUAGGAUCUCUUGGUUGUUGUGACUAUGGAUUGCAAUUUAUGACUGUACUGCAGCUGCAUGUGGGAGGGGGGGGGGAACACAGCAGAAUGAGAUUUAAUUCCUAUUCGGGACUUUAUGAUUGUGCUCUGGGAAAAAGGCCACCAAACAAAAACAAAAAGACAAUUGACGUUGUCAGUAUAACAUUCUGUGUUAAAUCCAGUGCCACUAGCCACUGCUGUGUGCUGUUUUCUGCGUUGGAUGACAUGUCAAACAAAAAUGUUUCAUCAUAAAAAAAAAAUGCUUUAUGGAGA